CCCCUCGGUCCCCAGGAGCAUGUCCGGGGAGAGAGCAGCACGCCGCCCACGCACGCAAGGCAGAGGAGCCGAUGGCAGUGCUCUGGGGAACCGGACGCGAAGCAGGAGAGCCUGCCGUCUAAGCUAGAGCAGGCCGGGGGCAGGACACGUGUCACCCACUCACUGAGCGGGGAGACGGAAACCGGGCUGCUCAGGAGACACGAGGGGAAGACUAGGGCAGGGGCGCGUGCUCCAGUUGGAGAAAGCAGUCGGGGAAGAAGGCAGGCCUCUCCUGUGAAACUGAGGCCAGGGCGACAGCAGUGCCCUGGCCAUGAGUCCCUGGGGCAGCCCUGGUGGUGCGACCAGGCGCAAGUGCCUGAACGCCCAGAAACUGCUCCCUGGAGAAACGGGCAGUCGGCUACCGUCUUCCUCCAGGAUGUGGUAGCGUUCCCGGUGGCAGGGGUGGUCGGGGAUAGCGCGGGGACUGUCCCUACCCCGGGCUCCGGGUCCCAAGGCCCGGGCGCUUGGAGUGCUCCUGGAGCCUCUCCGCUCUUCACGGGAAGACGGAGGCUGCUUCCCGAGUCAGCCUGA